GGCAGGGGAUGCCAUUCCAACCACGAUGAGGGAUCUGAAUCCACCGCCGAGCCCUGCCUCACCUAGCAACGAGACUACCUUAUCGUCUGUAUCCGACUAUGACUUCGUCCAUGACCUCAGCAACUUGUUAUGCGAGAUGGAGUAUCUCAAUAAAACAAAGAUGUUUAUCGACAGAGGAGUGAGUUUCUGCAAUGCAUCGCACGAUAAACUGCUAUGCUGGCCGCCGAUAGAAGCAGGAGAUAACGUGAGCAUCCCAUGUCCGCCGCGAACAUAUCCGUUCAAAGCAACUCGGUUUUGCUUGGACACAGGGGAAUGGGCUGCCUUCACACAUUACAAUGACUGUCACACAUUCAUAUUUCCGGAACAGCCAACGAGUCCUACUUUCUACCUUGCUCUCCGGUACGUUUACCUGAUCGGCAUCACGCUGUCCCUCGUCCUUCUUCUCAUCACCCUCUUCAUAUUCUGCUACUUUAAGGCGUUGCAAUGCACUCGUAUCGCCAUCCACAAGAACCUCGUUGUAUCGUUCAUCUUUAGAUAUAUUCUGAUGAUAAUACAACUACAACCUCUUCUUACCAUGGAUUACAGCACUGAAUUUCAGCUAAGUUCGUCCAAUUUUCAAGAUGACAACAAAAAUGACUUCGUUCUCCAUAAAGUUCCUGGAUUUUGUCGGUUAAUCCUUGUUCUGCUGGAGUAUUUUAGUAUGGCCAACAUGUACUGGAUGUUUGUAGAAGGCCUCUACCUAACCAGCCGGAUUGCUGUCGCCGUCUUCAGCACCGAAUCCAACUUCAAAAUAUACCUUGCCAUCGGUUGGGUCUCUCCGCUUCUGUUCACCAUACCGUGGGCUAUCGUGAUGGGCUAUCACAGCUCUUCCCCUGCUGGGUCGACUAUCUUGAUACAGCAUACAUAUGGAUUCUCAGAGCUCCUCUAAUAGCUGCAUUGGUGAUAAACACUUUAUUCCUGAUCAACAUCAUACGGAUUCUCAUUACCAAGUUACAGGCCAGUAACACCAUGGAAACUAACCAAA